AUGGUGAUGAUGGAAUUCCAGAACCGCAGAGUGCUACUACUCCUCAACAAGGAUGUUCCAAUAUCUUCACCGCCGCCGCCUCCGCCGUCAGCGUCGUCAACUCCGGCGAUGGCCAUGUAUGGAUCAUCGUCAUUGCAAGUAUCAGCUCGUCCGAUGUUCAGUUCAAACGUAGCCUACGCCUUCAUCAUCCUCCUCACCACGCUGUUCUUCCUGGCCUUCAUCCUCCUCUUCCUCCGCCAAUUCUCGUCGUCCGGCAGCAGAAGCCGUUGCUCGGAGGAAACGACGGAGAAGUGGGCGCUGCCGACAGUUGCGUACAGUAGGGGGAAGAGGAAGGUGAAAGAGCAGGAAGAGGAGUGCGUGAUAUGUUUGGAAGAGCUUCGCGAGGGUGAAACGGUAAAAAUGAUACCUCACUGCAAACACGUGUUCCAUCCUAACUGCAUUGACACGUGGCUCCUCACUCACGUGACAUGCCCCGUGUGCAGAUGCCCCAAGGUUUGUGAAGAAGAAGAGAAUGAUGAGGGAGAAACAAGAAUAAGAAGAGAGGUAGUUGAAAUUCAGUUACAAGAGUCUCAAACUGAUGAAAGAGCGGUGAGUAGUGAUGAGAGAAGAGAAGUAACUGGGUUGAGGAGAUCACUUAGCUUCUGA